AUGGACGAAACGAUUGAUCGACUAGCGAGCAUGGUACUCGAGCGCUUCGCCUCGUAAGUUCCCAUCGUUCACCCCCAACAAGCUGAACCAUCUACACCUCUUCACAUCCAUAUUAAUCCGUCUCUCCCCCCCCCCCCCCCCCCAAUCCCGCAGCAUCCCCCCAACCGAGCGCCUACUAGUCGCCAUCGCCGGUGUCCCCGGGUCAGGCAAGUCGACCUUAGCUUAUCCGCUCGUCGAUGCGAUCAAUACCAAACUUGAAGCAACAAAGUCCAAAACGAACGACGGAGGAUUGACGACUAGAACGAACACGAACACGAUCGAUCGAGCAACAGCUCUUCUUACCACCAACUCGUCAAAUCGGAAUCGGGAUUCUGCGAAAGAUGGUAAAGAUUCUGUUCCCACUGCCACCGAAGACGGAUCAUUACUGAAUGAAAAGAUCGCCCUCGCCGUCGGCUUGGACGGUUGGCAUUAUAGUCGAGCACAGUUGGAUGAGUUUCCGGUACGUUUACACUCUGGUGGAGCGGGUGAAGGGGUUCUUUGGCGGAGACGGGAGGGGCAAUUCGUUGAGGGGGCCGGCGAAGAGUCUUCUUGAAAGAGAAGUGUUUUUACCUUUCAAAGGGUACACGGGUGGGAUCGUCGCGCGUGGACUGAGCUCGACAACUGAACUGUAUCUCUCUUCUUUUAUCUCACGUCCAUGAACCACUCCCUCCCCUUACCCCUUAUAGGACCCCAUCGAAGCCCUAACCCGACGCGGCGCAGCCUUCACCUUCGACGCGACCUCCUACCUCUCCUUCAUCCAAGCUCUCCGCGAACCGAUUCCCCUCUCCCCUCUCCCCUCCCCACUCACGACCCCAAAGAUCCCUUACCUCACCUUCUCCCACUCCCUCAAAGAUCCCCUUCCCUCCCCUACCCCUAUCAAGCCUACGAACCGCCUGAUCAUCAUCGAAGGGUUGUACACGCUGAUCAACGAAGGUAUCUGGGCUCGAGCGACGGGGAUGAUGAAUUUUCGAAUUUGGUUGGAGUGCGAUUCCAAGGUCGUGAGGGAUAGGUUGUUGAAGAGGUGCUUGAGGGAGGGGAUUGAGGAUACGGUGGAGAGAGCGGAGAAGAGAGGUACGUUCACGAGUUUUGAGUCGAAGCGUGAUUCACCCAGGGGGAGGAGGGGGGUUCAAGAGAAAGGUGUUUGCUGACACUCGCUUUUCUGAGUGAGCGAUCACGCACAGUGGAUGGGAGUGAUAUGCUCAAUGGGGAAUGGAUCAAAGCUCGAUUAACAACGGACGCGGACCUAAUCGUGAUCGAAUCGAAAGAGGAUGCUCGACUAGUCGCAUCGUCGGGACCCUGA